AUGCCUAUCAAACCAAUCACCGGCAUGCUCCGAAGGGGCCUUGUCCUCGAUCUUUCCGUUGCUUUCGGCCUCGGCACUUCAUUCGGAUACUUCUGGUGGUACGGCUUCCACGUCCCAUCCGUCCGCCGCCGCGAUCAGUUCUACGCCAAGCUUGAAGAUGAGAGGGCAGCUGCAUUGGGUCAGGUUUAA